AGAGCAAGGAGCCGAGAGUUUUGGAUAGUAUAGAGGACAUGAUAGAGACAGAGAAUGACGAGGAGAGUAACGUAACAAGUAAAUUACAAUUAAGAGCAAGCAGUUCAAUUAAGGAAACAGGUUCGCAAUCAAGCGUGAAUCAACCAGACAAAGAUGCAGAUAUGGAGCUGUCGGAGGAGAUUAUAGAUUCGAGCCAAGAACCAAGUACCAGGACAAGGAAUGCAGAGGACGAUACACAAACAACCAACCGAAAGGAACAGGAAAAUGUCAACAAACAAGUAACGAAUAUAAAUAAGAGGCUGAAAGAUUGAUUACUGGGAAGAACUAUGAACAAAUAAUUCCGAAAUAUGAUAGGUACACCAAUCCAAGCGCAUGGCCUAAGCUAAAACAAAAUAUUGUAAAAAAUGAUUUCAGAAAAGAAAAAGAAAACCCAACGGUUAUACAUGGCCCUCCGAGAGAAGGACAAGGUUAUACACACAAACCCAAAGAACGAGAAGCAUUCAGAAGAGAAAAAGAAAAAAUUGAGGAAGGAAGACAGGCGUACUUAAAUUAUUAUAGAGAA